CCAGAUGGCAUGUGUCAAAUGUUCAUACAUAACCUCAUCAUUUCUUGUUUUUAUAUUCAUUAUGUAACGUUUAAAAUUAAUGUUAUGUAAGUAAAUCGUACAAUAUCAUAUUUUUGUUGGUGAUGUCCUCGAAAUUAAAGUUAUACGUUGGCCGGAAGGUUAUAGAAACGUUAAAAAAGCCGGUUCAAAACUUUCCCUUGAGUUUUUUCCAAUUGGACAACUCCAAAAACCUAAGUAAUAUCAGUAUAAAAUUACCAUUGAUAGCGUUGGAAACCCACCUGGGUGUAACAGAUACAAAUGAGGUUUUAAAAAUUCAACCGGAUGAUAUAAUUAAAAGCGUAAAAAUUGCCAAAGAUCCGACGAAUAGAAGCAUAUCUUUUGAAAUUAAUAAAGAAUUGUUCAUUAAAGAUGUAAUUGAAAAUUGUGUCAAACCAGAUUUAAAUUUAUCCUCGGAAAAUGUUGUGGUGGAAUACAGUUCACCCAAUGUGGCUAAACCAUUUCAUUUUGGUCACUUGAGGUCAACAAUAAUAGGCAACUUCAUUAGCAACAUUAAUCAGUAUUUAAAUAAUAAAGUUACGAGAAUUAAUUAUUUAGGGGACUGGGGUACACAAUUUGGUUUUAUUAAAGUUGGAAUAGAAGAUUUGAAAUACACCCAGAAACAAGUACAAGAAAAUCCCAUUAAAAUCCUAUAUAAAUGUUAUGUACAUGCUAAUUCAUUAGCUGAAAAGGAUGAGAAUGUUUUAAACAGGGCCAAAACGGAAUUUGCCAAACUGGAGAAAGGUGUAGAGAGUGACAUUAAUGAUUGGAAGACUAUUAUAAGGUAUACUGAAAAUGAACUGACAAAUACUUAUGAAAGAUUGGGAGUUAAAUUUGAUGUAUAUAAUUGCGAGUCAAUGUAUGGAGUUAAGGAAAUACAGGGAGUGAUAGAUAGUCUCAAAAUCAAAAAUCUCCUUGUUACACAAAAGGAUGGUAAACAAACAAUUCCAGUAAAUGAUAAACAAAUAACAGUAAUUAAAAGUGAUGGGACCACCCUCUAUUUAACAAGGGACAUUGCUGCUGCUAUUGAUAGACACCAAAAAUACAACUUUGAUAAAAUGUUUUAUAUUGUGGAGAAUGGGCAACAUGAUCACUUUGUAGCUUUAUUCAGUAUACUAAAAAGUAUGGGUUAUAAAUGGGCGGAUUAUUUAAAACAUGUAAAAUUCGGAAGAAUAAGAGGUUUAAGUACCAGGAAAGGUACUGCGGUAUUUUUGAACGAUAUUCUAGAUGAAUCAAGGGAAUUAAUGAUGCAAAAACAAAUUAUGUCUCCAAAUACAAAGGUUCCUAUUACUGAUGACAGAGUGUCUGAUAUUCUGGGUGUAUCCUGUGUAAUUGUCAACGACUUGAAACAAAGGCGACAGAAAGAUUAUCAGUUUGACUGGGAUAAAGUUCUUCAGGUUCAAGGAGAUACAGGGGUAAAAUUUCAAUACACACAUUGCAGACUGUGUAGUUUAGAAAAAAAUUCAGGAGCAAUAGCGGCAAAUGUAUGCGUUCCAGACGCUAUACAAGAGCCGGAAGCGAUUCUUCUACUCAGGGAAGUCGCCCGGUUUCAAGAAGUAUUAUACGCAUCUCAUAGUCAGUUAGAGGCUUGCAUUUUAGUAAAUUAUUUAUUCCAUUUGUGCAAUCAUAUAAAUAAGGCUUUGAAAGUACUGCAAGUAAAAGGAACUAAUCCGGACAUUGCGUCACAAAGACUGUUACUUUUUAACACGGCGAGGGAAGUUCUAAGAACUGGCAUGACUAUUUUAGGCCUACAGCCAUUACAACAAAUGUGAUUCAUACAAAAUUCUUUAUAUUCAUCCCUAUUUGAUCGCAAAAUUGUAUAAAUUAAAUAAAAACUUAUUACAAAUA